AUGUCAGAUUCAACACCCAAGAACCCGUUAGAAGGGGGUAACGAUUGCGAGACAGGAAAUUGCGUUCCUGAGCAAGCAACAAGCAAGACAAGUACAGCAUCAAAGGGUUCAGACAGUCUAACGAACUGGCAAGAAUUCAUUCCUCCGAUCAAGAGUGCAUACGCAUUCGGCGAUGAGCUUUUGCCGAGCAUCGUAAUCGAAUACUGCAAUAGAUGUAGAUGGCAACAUAGAGCAACAUGGGUGCAAACAGAGCUGUUCAUCACAUUUGAAGAUAAACAAGAGCAACAAUCCAACGAUCAAAACCAAAACAAAAGUGGAGGCAAAUAUGCUUCUUCGGUUGGACUGAAGAGCAUUCAACUCAUACCUUGUAAUCGACCUGAAACAGGAGGCAGAUUCCGAGUGUGGCUUUAUCGUAAUGGAAAGAUUGUACUUUUGUGGGAUCGAAAGAUUAAAGACGGAUUUCCAGAAUUGAAGGAAUUGAAACAGAUCGUACGUGAUCAGAUCGCUCCCGGACACAAUCUUGGGCAUUCAGAUCGAAAGAAGGAAGCGUAA